AUGGCAGCGACAAAGAGGAGGAUUGAAUGGAAGAGGGAGAAUGCAGCGAGGAAGAAAGGAGGGAAAGGGGAGAGCAAGGCGAUAAAGAGGGUUACAGAGGAGAAAUUGAGCAAGAGGCAGAAAAAGAAAGAGUGGGUGAGUAAGAAAAAGGGGGAGGAAGAAGAGAAGGAGAAAAAAAGAGAGGAGGAUGAGAGAAGAGAAGGAGGAGCCGGACCAAAAGAGGAUGAUGAGAAAGGAAAGGAAAGAGAGGAAAAAGGUAAAAACACAACAAAAAUAUGCUACAACAAGGCAGACUACGAACAAAUUAACAACGAAAUUAUGAAUAUUGAUUGGAAAAGUGAAAUGAAAGAACAAAACACCACCAAUGAAAAAUGGUCAAUAUUCAGGAACAAAAUACAAGAAAUAAUAAAUAAAUCUGUACCAACAAAGACCAUCAAACCCCACAAAAAUAGCAAGCACACAUUUCCAGUGGACCAAGAAACACUCGAAAAAAUUAGAAAGAAACAUGCUUUGUCGAAAAAAGUGGCGGCCACAAAUGACCCAGAAGUGAAACCGCAAUACUACAAGGUUCGAAACCAGGUUAAAAAGCUGACUCGGAAACUACGAAAGGAUUAUGAGCAGACACUGGCAACAAAGGCAAAAUCGGACCCAAAAUGA